GCGCGUUUCGCCCUCGAGCAUGCCUCUCCGCGCCAAAGUGACCAACCCUGCCUUCCGGGCCACUGCUACUAUGUCCACAUCCACCGAAAUCCCCAGAGAACUCCCCGGAGACGAGCCCGAUGACGUCCUGUUCCACUCGCACUACGGCGUGCGGUUGAUCGAGCUCAACCGCCCCAAGAAGCUCAACUCCCUGAACGGCUCGAUGGCCCGGAAGAUUCUCCCCCGUCUGAAGGAAUGGGAAAAAUCCGACCUGGCCAACAUCGUCAUGGUUUCCGGGGCUGGCGAGAAGGCUCUGUGCGCCGGCGGAGAUGUGGCUGCCCUGGCCCUGCAGAACGAGAAGGGCCCCGAGGGACAGCAGGCUUCUUCCAACUUCUUCGGUCUCGAAUACCGCCUCGACCACGCGAUCGCGACCUACAGCAAGCCGUUCAUCUCCGUGAUGGACGGCAUCACCAUGGGCGGCGGUGUCGGCCUGAGCGUCCACGCGCCCUUCCGGAUUGCCACCGAACGCACCGUCUUCGCCAUGCCCGAGACCACGAUCGGAUUCUUCCCCGACGUUGGUGGCUCUUUCUUCCUGCCCCGUCUGGAUGGCGAGGUGGGCACAUACCUGGCCCUGACUUCGGAGCGUCUCAGCGGCGUCCAGGCCCUGUACGCCGGCGUUGCCACACACUACCUGCACUCCAGCGCGCUGGGCAACCUGACGGCUCGCCUGUCGGAGCUGGUGUUCCGGGACUACGCCUCCCUGGAGGAUCGCCUGGACCUGGUCAACAAGACGGUGGCGGAAUUCUCGAUGGGCGUGCCGUCGCUGCACGAGGAACCCAUCCUGUUGGCGGGCAGCCUGCGGAAUGCCAUCGACCGUUGCUUCUGCCACAACACCGUGGAGGAGAUCUUCCGGGCUCUGGAGAGUGAGAAGGAGCGCCGCGAGUGGGCCCAGAAGACCCUGGAGACCCUCUCCGCGCGGUCCCCUACGUCGCUCAAGGUCGCGUUGCGCGCGCUGCGGGUGGGCAAGAAGUGGAACAUCGCCGAGACCUUCCAGCGCGAACACCAUAUCGCGUCCAAGUUCAUGCAGCACCCCGACUUCGUGGAGGGCGUGAAGGCGCGCCUCAUGUCGAAGCCCCCGCGCCAGGCCACCUGGCAGCCGGCCACCCUGGAGGAGGUCACGACCGAGAUGGUGAACGACUUUUUCUCGAUCCCCGAGGGCAAGGCCCGGCUCCCGCUCUUGAGCGAGGGCAACUACGAGGCAUACCCCUACUCCUACGGCCUGCCGUCUGAGGAGCUGAUCGAGAAGCUGGUCCGCGGCGACUCGGACGCCAAGGGAUUCAAGGUCAAUGAUUUCGUGUCGAAGUGGGGAGGCAAGGAGGGUGUGCGGGAGAAGGUGGCCGAGGUGCUCGCUAGACGGACUGUCCGGACCCCGGAAGGUCUGCGCUGGUCCGAGUGAUUUGAUAAAUAAAGAUGAAAGAGAACGGCGUAAGUUUGCCAUUGUUUCGGGUUGUAUAUUGGGUUAAUAUCAUAGUAUCUUGUAAAAGUACCUCCUCCUUCCG